UGUUAAGAACGUGCGGGACAUAUGGUUAGGUUGCUACGAUUGGUAUUGCUCCGUCAUGUGAAGAGUUGCAGGUUACUAUUUAGUGUGACUGCCAUAGUAAUUAAAGUUAGGGUCUAAGUUUGUCUUUAUGAAGACAAAUACAAGUUUCAAUAACGACUGCAGCUUUUAUCAUGACCAUAAUAGUAGCUAAACAGUUGUGGUUUGUUCUUCAGGCCGUUUUAAUCUACCUUAGGUAUUGCAAUAGCAACACUGAUUCUGCUGGGUAAUUGGACUCAUAAAAGUAGUUUUUAGUCACGCAGUCUACUUUCCCAUAAUAGUUUUACUGAAGUUUUUUUACUGAUUGAGGUAGUUACCGCAACUAGCAGUUGGCUGUAUUAACCUAACUAACUGCAUUGGAGUCCUUCCCACAAAUAUAAGACAAUAUGUCAAGCUAAGCUACAGAUACAUUUCUUGUUUCACGAGCCUCUGUAUUUACUCGGAGUAUCAGUGAUCUGCUGCUAACGAACAUGGAAACAUAUUACGACUGCAAGUAUUUGAAUCAAAUUGUACGAAAUCAUCGAGUUAUCAUGUUUGCCAAUCUGCUUCUUAUUGUUACUUAUUCUUUUUUAUAUAUAUUUCCUGGGACCUCAAAAAUUUUACUGAAGUUUGCAGAUUUGGGAUAUAGGUGACAUAUACGUGGAUAAAUGAACACUUUUAAUUUCAUCAUGUCUGUACAAGAUCCUGAAUGGUUCUUUAAGUCUAUUCUAUCACCUUGGUAAUACCCUCACAAGAUGACCGAAAUGCAAGUGUUCAUGUUUUUGGUACAAUCGUCUUUAGAUAUCUCUUAUCUGGGGUGAUUUCGACGUCCUCUUUAACAAGACACUUAGUGAAAGUGAUACAAUGUGAAUAGUCAGCUUAAUAGCCUCACGUUCAUCCUAUUUGUACCUUGUGUUACCUGUAGUCUCUAAUGCGUGUAUUCUAGGUUUCUAAUUUAAAGAUUAGUGACUUUCUUUCCAGCUACCAAUUACAGACUUACUAAAUUGCUAGAAAAAGCUUUCAGGUGUUUCCGGUAGUUUUGCAGGGCUGUUGGUCAAACGCCACAUAUUUUUGAUGAUUCAUGUAUUUUUAUCAUUUUAGUAUCCCCUGAAUAAUUGAACUAGGUCAACCACAAUCCAUAGAUCCACUGUGAUUGCCUUGACGUUGACGUUUUUCAAAGUUAACAUCAUUACGAAGUACCGUAGUGGAGGCAUACUAUCCAAUGCUAGUUUCCUUUAUUUUCUUAUCGUCAAAAGUGAUUUGUUUGUGAUGUCAUGGUUAUUUUGUUGUUGUGAAGAAUGUUGAGAUGUUAUAAAAGUCCUAAACUCUCGUAACAAAGUCUCACUUAACACCCAGAGUGGAUAAAUACUGGCUUUUAUUGUCUGGUACAUGGAUUGAAUAUGAUCUAUAUAAAUAAAUCUCUAUUGUCUUAUGUAAACUAAGUCUCGUUAUUUAUCUAAACAUUAAUGCAAUGGGGCUCCAUAAUAUUUAUAUGCACCACACAAAUAGCUGAAUUUGUGUGUAGGCUAGGAUACUCCUCGGGUGCCCGAAUAAAAACGGGUGACUUCAUAAGGGAGCAUUUUCCCGAGUGUUUGGUCCAUAGCACUAACCCACAAGGCAAUAGAGCGACUUUUAAAAAUGCAGUACACUUGUUACCGGUUACUAAAAGUGAGUUCAUAUCUCAUUUUUCCCCCAGGGUCCGGUAUCUCAUGUGCACCUUUGAUUUGAACUCAGAAUUUUCCAACUCCACCGUACUCACCAACCCUAUUAGAGCGCUUGACAUUGACUUUUCGUAAACAGCGCUCCAGUUGUGAGAAAGAAAUCAGUAAGACUUUCCUGACUCUAGCAAUAAAAACAGUUAUAUGUGAGCUUUUCGAUGAGAGUGGGCUUGCCACGCUCUCAGCCGUACCAGAACAUUUAGGGUCCGAAUUGUAUAUUUGGUAAAUUAUACUCUCCUUACCAUUUAUCAUAACGAUUGUGUUAAAAUUAUUCUUCAAAUGGUCAUAAGUCAGUCAACUACAACGUAGGAUUAGGCACAUAUAUGCAUCGGUUCUAGUUCCCAUACUUCAUUACCACAUCAAGAUGAAUGCCGGAUUCAUAGAAGUAGUUAAUUCAAUGGCGACAAUAUCUAAAAGAAAGAUUGAGUAUAAGUAUAUAGUACAGGAAGAAAAAAUUAGUUCGUAGGAAGAAAGACAUAAAGCAAUUCCAAUCUCACGGUUUAAGUGCAGACAAAAAGUGUAUACACCGACGCCACUAUGAUCGAUUCUGAGCCAUGUCACCCAGAGUCUUCAAUCAUUAGUUACGAUAGUCGCGCGGACCCAAACCAAGUAGUCCGUAUCUACCACCAUGGCUCAGACAAGAAGUUGGUGACUUCAAGGACUGAUGCCACGUUUUGGUUUGACAGCCUCUAAUAUUCUUCCAACCGUCCACAAUAAUCAGCAUUGUGCGUCGUGGUAAUCGGUAUUCAGGCAUACGUAACACGUGGCCCAACCAUCUCAGUCGAUGGAGAUUCACAACCUCAUCAACUGAUUUACCAUCGUUCCCUAAUACCCUGCGUCUAAUCUCACCAUUACUUACCCGUUGAUCCCAGUAGAUGCGAGCAAUAUUUCUAAGACAUCUGUGGUCAAAUAUUAGUAGCUUACGAGUAUCUUCUACUCUUAAUGACCACGUUUCGCAGCCAUAAAGUAGGACAGAACGAACUGUCACACAGUAUACUCGUCCCUUAAUUGAUAGACGGAUAUAUCGCCUGAGCCAUAGGUGACGUCAGUUGGCAAAAGAUAAACGAGUUGAUAUGUGGACCUCCUGGAGAGACAUCGAUGCCUGAAAAUUCAUACGACAAGAGCGUUGUUUUCAGCAUUAAGUCUAUGAUGAAAUUGAACAGAAACGGGGAUAGUGGACAACCUUACCGAACACCACUUGAGGUUGCGAAAUCAGAUGACCGUUCGCCAUAAGCUCUCACUAGACUAGUAGUGUUCGAGUAAAGUGCCUUCACAAGGUUUAUGUACUUCUGAGUUAGACUGUUGAAUGACAGACACUGCCACAGGGUCAAAUGCUGCUUUUAAAUCAUGAAGAACUAUCAUUGUCUGGCGCCGAUAAGAAUGUCUGUGUUCUAGAACCUGGUAAAUUUUGAAUAUGUGAUCGAUCGACACCACUUGAGGUUGCAAAAUGGUCGUAAACAUUAAUAGAAGAGCUCACAGUUGCUUUACACAUGAUUUAAUGUUUGUUACGCUUCAUGUAUGAUUGUGUACCAUUACAUUGAUGUGCAAUGUUCUUAUGUUUUAACAGUUGGGAGUCUUCAGUUGCUUGAUUCCAAGUCUGUCGUUAUGAACCAGGACUAUUCAUUGAACAUUUAUUUUGUUGUAAGCACUCAGUUAAUACACUUUUCUGAUUAAUUUUAACAAAUUUAUUUGCAGCCAUAUAUAUAUAUAUUUAUUUACAUUCUGCAACUUUCCAGUUUUUAUGCUAGAUCUUUAUAUGUACAGUUUGAAUUACCAAGUUAUCUGUUACCCAAGAAAAAUCCAUUAUCUUCUUCUUACUGUUUGGUGAUCAACAGUAUGGGAAAUAUAUGUAAUUUUCUCUGUCCUCAAAAUGUUAACAGAUGUUAUUCAACCUCCGCAUUAGAUGCUUCAAUUCAUGAUUCAGACGUAAAACUUUUAUGUGAAAAUGAAGCCGUACCUAUAUCAGUGGAAAACAUUAAUGACAGUGAUGAACAUGUAACAAGUGUUGUUCAUAAAGAAUCAGUUUCAAAGCACAAAGAGAAAUCAAAUAACAGUACUCCUGGUCAGCUAAAGUCUAUAUCUCCUUCGCUGCGAGGUCCGAAAGUAAUAAAAGAGUAUGUAAAAUUUCCUUUUCUUACGGAUAACGAGAUGGGACAUUGGAUUAUUAAGUCUCGGUUCAUGUUUAUAUUACGCGGACCACCUGGUUCGGGGAAAUCUUUUGUGUCGGAGUGCAUCCGAAUUCGUUUUCCCAUGGCUAAGGUGGGUAUACUUUCAUCGAAAGUGUAUGUUUUACUGAUUGUUUUAAAUGGAUACAAGUUUUUGCUAGAUUCUAUGUUGUUUAAUUGAUUAUGCUUCUUUGUUAGGUGGCUUUCUGUUCAGGUAGUGUCACCAAACCAUUGAAACUGCAUUCAAUUGUGUUAAAAUCUCUUCAUAUGAAAUUGUUACUCCUAUUGGUUGGUAGUCGGGCAGUACUUCAUUCUACUAGUCCCCAAUUCGGAACACAGUUGAACAGAAACGAACUUAUGCUCUAAAUUAUAAAAUUGGACGGGAGUAGAAUUCACUGUAAAACAGGUUUUUGCACGAGAGGAUUUUAGAAUCCUCUCCAAUUAUCCUCUAGUACUGAUUAGCUAAGAAAUAGCUAGUCAGCGUGCUCCAACACAAUUCUGCAUCGAACAUGCUGUAAUCCAAUCUAUAUUUUGUCAACAAAGAACUUAUCCCAUUGUUUUUCAAACCACUCAGGAUUCAUUCGAUUUCUUUUAUUCCUACUUGCCAAAAAGUCAUCUGCAUCAAUGUAAUCGUAGUGGAAAAUGGCCAAGAUUCAUGGUGUCUACAGCUGAUAUACGAAUGGGAUGUGGAGGAAUUUUGUAUCAGUACAUCUUUUUGUAGGUUUAGUCGAGGCAGUCUGCUUUGUGAUAAUUUUGUCACCAGAACUGCUUAGUUUUGGAUAUCUCCUUCGUCCUCAGGAUAAUAAAAAUGAAAGUGUUCAGAUGAAGAAAUUUCGAAAGAGCUAUGGUAUAUUUAUUGCAACUAAUUAGCAUUCAGGUCUGAUAGUUAUGACCAAUGAAUUCGGGAUUAUUUACAUGAAAUUUCCCUUGUGUUUCUGUAAAACAUGACAACGUACAUUAUUAUUACUGUGUCUAAUUACAUGUAUGUAAAUUGAUGCCCAUCUUUAUGUUUACAUCUUUUUUUACAGAUCUUUUCUGCAGAUGAUUUCUUUUAUUUAGAAUCAAACGGCUAUGAGUACCAAUUUGACACCAGUCGAUUGAGUGAAGCUCACGAGUGGUGUCAUAAUAAUGCUUAUAAUGCUGCUUGUUCUGGGUACAGCCCAAUAGUUAUUGACAACACAAACACAAGAAAUUGGGAAACACGUUAUUACACAGAUAUGGCUCGUCGUUUUCACUACUUUGUAAUAAUGGUCAUCCCACAAACACCAUGGCGAUUUGAUGCGGAAACUUUAACUAUGCGUAAUGUACAUUUUGUCAGUUUAGAGACCAUUGAAGCUAAAGUCCGGAAUUUCGAACAUAUCUAUCCAUUGUAUUAUGGUUGGUUUUGGUCGGCACCACCGAGUGAAACAUAUUCAAAACUUGACAUCUCAGAUACUUCACGAGACAUAGUUAGUAGACCAGGUAAACGGCGUAAAAGCUCUAUUCACUCAAACCCAUGUAUGGAAUUGAAUCGGUUGCUUAAAUGGGGAUGGGAUGCUCUUAAUACUAUUAUAGAAUUACCCGGAGUACAUCAUGAAUUAAUAAAUGCUUUCGGUCUGCCCCAAGGUUGGUUCUGUUUUUAGUGUCACUAUUAAAGUGUUUAUCACGAUUUUAGUUAAAGGUACUCCUUUUUCUUAGACUUCAUAAUUUUUGUAUGUGUUAUAUCUCCUACACAUUUAACAAAGAAUGCUUCACAUGCCUUGCUUUAUUUUACAAGCUUCAUUCUUUUAUUAUUUAUCUACCAGAAGAUUCACAUAUUGACUUAGACUACUCAGACAGUAUAGUUCUGUUUGGUGAUGCUGGAAAAAUGCAAUUCUCCGGUCGUGUUAAGCAACAAUAAAAAUAUGUUUAGGAUGAGGUUCCAGACCUCCAAAUGCGAAUUAUUUUUUCAGGAUUAUUCUACUUUAUCGCCUGAUAUAAUGACAGAGUGGUGUAUUCGAGUGCGUCGAUUGCUUUCACUUAUCUUAGCAGUUCCAAUGAUUCUGAUUUGCUUUUUUCUGGAGAAAUUUCAGCACGGAUUCAGACGUUCGCCAACUUGUGUCACUUGUAGCGUAGGCGAGAAAUCCGUCUACUAACCAAACAACGGGUUUUCUGAACAUUACUUUGCUCUUUUUUAUUUAUGGGUGCAAAACAGUUAUUAAGAAUAGAGGAUAUUCAUUGGUUGCUAGUAUUCGAUCACAGAUGUCUUCGUAGCAUUUCUCAUCAUUUUUGUGACCACCGGGUUAGAAGUUCUGAGGUUGAACUCAGAGUACUAGGUAAGUAUGACGUGUCAAUUGACUGGAAUAGUUAGGACAUGUAUUACAUAUGCCAGUAUAAUGACUACCUCGAAAUGCGAUAAUGGCUAAUGUGAGAGUAGGUUGGAAGAAAGCUAGGGGAGGUUAAACUAGAUAUGGCACCGGUUCAUGAAGUCAUCGGAUUUGCGUGACAAUCGUAACCAAUCGUUAGAGGCUUCGGGUGUUAUGGCUCAAAAUCGUCCGCUAUAGAACAGGUGCGUUUACUCUGUCUUCUGUUGGAACCUGGGUUGUGAAAUAUCUGAAUUCUUUUUUUUCCUUACCUAGUCUUUUUUACUGCUACCACUAAUGCUUUUACUACUUCAACUACUCUAGAGUUUGUUUUGAAGAAAUUUUAUCAUCUUUUGCUAAUAGUGUGUGAUUACUUCGACCGAAGCACGUUUGUUUACGUUCUACGUUGCAAACGAUUGACCAGUACAAAUUAAACGGACAUACCACAAUUGUCUUAGUGUUUUCAUUUUACUAAUUAACUGUAUUCAUUAUUGGUCUCGAUAUUUAUUAGGAGUUAGUUGUUCACUUAUUCAUUUUCUAAACUACUUGGCAUGAUUACAUCAUUCCCUCCUGUUUGUUUUGGGGUCGUUGUUGCUACCUUGACGUGGUGGUCGGGUUUGCCCAUCGUUAUGAACCAGUAGAGCCACAUUGGCUGGAACAAUCGUUCCUCAAGGUCCUACUAUGCCGGACAGGUCAGUUGAAGAACAGUAAAACUAAAAGCAGCGCAAACCCAAGAUCUGAGGGUGAAGUCAAAGUGUUGACUGUACAGAGAUGUGACGGUAGUAAGGUGCUUCCUUCAGACAACCAGCAUGACAGCGAUGCUGCCUUCCCACAAGGAGGGGUGGAGUUAGAAAAGUUCGACCCCAUAAAUGCACACCUCGCCUUAUCCUGUGGAUAUCCGUCUCUGGCGGUAAUGUCUCAACAAGUACGGAGCUAACAAGAAAAUUACUCACAAAAAGGCCAUGUGUGACCGACCUCAAGUAGUUGUCCCUUGGGAACAGCGGUCACGCGCUCAGGUCACUGAGACCACCUCUAGUCCAAUUCCCUUUCCAGGUACCUCCAGAAGAACCCUUCCGUGUUGUGGGCAAACAGGAAGUGAUAACCACUCUCACUUCUAACACCACUCAAGACCACUGUAUCCAUAAUCAAACUCUCUCUUCACUUCCUACUAUUCAUCCUAUAUCGACUUUCAACUCUAAACUUCCUCUUCUGGCUUCCUCCUCAAUUAUCGUCAUGGCUAACCAUUUUAGUGUGCAAAACACUGUCCCAGGUCUACUGAAAUUUCGCUCCAAACUACACAUUGGAGCCUUUGACGGGCGCACCCAAUGUCAAAUCGGCCAGCAGAAGUCCUUGGCUGGGACUCUAAAAUCUCGUAGCAUUGAUGUCCACUUUCUCCAUUUUUGUUUAACUUCAUCAUAGACCUACUGAUGGAAAUGACGUUCUCGUCGGCUGAAUUCUCGGGUAUUGAGCUCCUUCCAGGAGGUCCAAUUAUCGACUUAGAAUACGCAGAUGACGAUUUCACUUAUCUUGGAAGUGUGAUCAGCCCUAAUGGGUUGGUGUCUGACGAAAUCUCAACACGAAUUCAGAAAGUGCGUUUAUCUUUUGCCAACUGACGUCACCUAUGGCUCAGGCGAUAUAUCCGUCUAUCAAUUAAGGGACGAGUAUACUGUGUGACAGUUCGUUCUGUCCUACUUUAUGGCUGCGAAACGUGGUCAUUAAGAGUAGAAGAUACUCGUAAGCUACUAAUAUUUGACCACAGAUGUCUUAGAAAUAUUGCUCGCAUCUACUGGGAUCAACGGGUAAGUAAUGGUGAGAUUAGACGCAGGGUAUUAGGGAACGAUGGUAAAUCAGUUGAUGAGGUUGUGAAUCUCCAUCGACUGAGAUGGUUGGGCCACGUGUUACGUAUGCCUGAAUACCGAUUACCACGACGCACAAUGCUGAUUAUUGUGGACGGUUGGAAGAAUAUUAGAGGCUGUCAAACCAAAACGUGGCAUCAGUCCUUGAAGUCACCAACUUCUUGUCUGAGCCAUGGUGGUAGAUACGGACUACUUGGUUUGGGUCCGCGCGACUAUCGUAACUAAUGAUUGAAGACUCUGGGUGACAUGGCUCAGAAUCGAUCAUAGUGGCGUCGGUGUAUACACUUUUUGUCUGCACUUAAACCGUGAGAUUGGAAUUGCUUUAUGUCUUUCUUCCUACGAACUAAUUUUUUCUUCCUGUACUAUAUACUUAUACUCAAUCUUUCUUUUAGAUAUUGUCGCCAUUGAAUUAACUACUUCUAUGAAUCCGGCAUUCAUCUUGAUGUGGUAAUGAAGUAUGGGAACUAGAACCGAUGCAUAUAUGUGCCUAAUCCUGCGUUGUAACUGACUGACUUGGGGUCAUUUCUUGUAGAGAAAAAAUACCAAGGGUUAAAUAAGUAUCUCAUACAAUUAGGCAUUAGUUGGCAGUAUUUUAUUGUGAAGAGAUUUUCGCCGGGGAAUUUCACUCUUAAGAAAUUUGUUUUGACGAUGAAUCGUCGUAAUAUUUUGCACGUUUAACUAUACUCCAAUAUUGUUUAUUGUGUUUUAGUACUAUGUAAUUUUUUAUAGUUUUCAUGUGAUGAUUUUGAACUUAUGUUAACAGUAAUGAGAGUAUUUCAGAAGUUGAAUAAUUGCACAUUUAUUAUUUUCUUUAUUAGAUGCAACUGUACAAGAUGUAAUAACUCAUUGGGAAUCCGCUACAAUACCUGACUUCGGGAGAGGUUUGAAAACUUGCAACACACCUAGUAUUCCUCAUGUAACAGCUAAAUUUUCCGGAUAUGGUCGAGCCUUCGGUGCAGAACAUUAUGCUCUACGUAGAUCUGUGAAUGAAAAUUUACUGGGAAAAUUAUUCACAGUACAAAUUAUCGGCUUAGUGAUCACUCCACGUACAAUAGGUGCUAGGGUUAAACUUCCAAAUGAUGAGGUCAUUCGACAUCUCUGGGCUGCCGACGAUCAACAAGUUGUAUUCCCAGAUAAUAUUGGUAUAAUGCCUGUGAAUCGUCCAACUGGUUGUCGUGCUCAUGUUACAAUGGCUUUAGCAACUGGUGUAUCCCCAGCAGAAACAGGUCUUGAUUUACUACGUGUUGUAGACAUGGAGUUGAACAAUCGGCCAGGCGAUCACGUAGCAAUUAUUAAAAAUGGUUCUGUUCGUCGACUAAUCAUUCCAAAAUUACACUGUAAUAUUUCACCUGAACGCUGUUUAGUAAAGGUACCAAAUAAAUUAAACUAUCAUCCACGUAAUGAUAAUAACUUUUACGUUAAUGGUAUCUCAUCAGUUCCGCUCUCAGAUUGUGAGACUAUUUAUGUGUACGAUCUUGAUUUUCCUCAUCACUACCGUGUUACUUUUGCUGCUUCAUAUUGAGUUAUCCUUUCAUAAGUUUCCAUUAAGUCAUCAUUAAUUGCCAAUAUCUUCUUGCCUAUCUGCCUUACUUUAAAUCGGUCCAAUUACCUGUAUACAUAUACAUACGCAUAAUACCAUAAAUUAUUUCAGUCUCCAUUACUUCACUUUUUAGAUUUGUUCAUUUCAUCGGAUUUGCAUGUUUUCUCUUUGUUAAUUUGUACAUGGAUAAAUCAAAAUUUGUAGCAGACAUUUUGUCUAGUCUUGUAUCUGUACCGGAUUAUACUAAUUGCUGUAAUUUAUUCAUGCUGUUGUAACUAUGACCGUUUCUAAUCUGCUCGUAUUAUUUAGUUGUUUAUGUACUUAUCGUCUUAUAACCGGCUGAAAUCGUUAUCCGAAUGAUUAAUUUCUUGUAACUGUUUAUUUUUUCACACUGCAUUACUUGUGAAAUUCUAUACAAUCACAAAUGAAAACUGGUAUAUAUAUACAAUAUUAGGGUUCAUUGUUUAAUGGUGAAUUUACUAUCGCGAGUUUAUUUUCUUUUCCACCAUGACAUAUGCUAUCUAAGCCUAUAAGAUACAAUACCCGAUGUAAAAAUUAUAUAUUCCCUCUAUUUGUGUUAAUUUUCUUGUAGUAAUUCAUUUUUGCAUUGACUACUAAGUAACAGCGUCCUAAUUCACCGAAGAAAUUGCUUGAAAGGAUAUGGAAAAUUAUCUUAGUUAACAAUAUGAUCCAAAUUGUCAUGAAUAGAACUUGAAUUCUUCCAUAUAUUGCUUCGUUAUGGUUACUUAUUCAUAUUUAAAUGCUAUCUAUAUAAACGACCAGCAUAACUUUCCGAAAUUGUCGGGUAAUAUUUAGAACGAAACCAUCGUUGUACUGUUUUGAGGCUGCAAUACUAGUUUUCUUGCGAAUUCGAAAAAAGAAUGUUUCUAGUGAACUAAACGAAUUUCCGUAUUGUUUAUAGCGACUGACACAUAGAAAUAGCCACUAGUGACUGGGUUCGAGAAUUCUAAUAGGAAUUUGUGACAAAUGGAAUAAACCAGAUCGAGAUUUAAGCAGUAAUUCAAUGAUUACGGUGACUAAUGAUCGCCCUUAUAUCAGGUAGACUUAAUCCCUAAACUUAACGGUCUAAAUGCUCUUGUGAGACCCUAAGGUCUUUGGCGUCAAUCUCGUGCGCUCAAAUGUGCUAGCGGGAUGUAGAUCGGAUUAAAGAACGUUUCGUGCAGGAUUAUGUCAGGGCACACUGAUUGGCUAUUCACCCAAUCAGCGCUAGAAGAUGCUUUGAAAAUACUAGAAUCUUCUCGUGUAAAAACUAUAAGCAUACUAGCGUUUUUACCGUGAUUCCUAUUCCCAUCCAAUCAUGUUCUGGUUUGGGGACUUGUCGAGUGAAGUGAUGGCCAACAAUACUAAGCCAUACAAGUAGCUGGGUUGUAGUAAAAAAAAUUAUAAGUCGUGCAAACACUAUUUCUCAUUCUCCGUAGUGUUCGAUGAUUCUUCAGCUAAUGUCAAUUCACGAUGAAAACCAUCUUCAAGUUGUAAAAAUCCACAAAACUAAUAAAUUUAGGUAAAUCAAGUUACUGGCGCGUUUUCAAGUACAGCCAAACUAACAAAUCUAGGAUUUACCUGUAAAGAAUUUCUUUUGUUUAUCGAAAAACUGUGUAUUAUGCACAUCAGAUUAAUCAUAUCAGAAUAUAUUUUAAUGCCUAUUAUUAAUUAAGUAGUAGGUACUACACACUUUUGGGGUUAGUAAAUAUCAAUUUCCACACUUGGGAUUAUUACAUAGCUUUUUAAAAUGAAGGUAUCGUG